AUGUUUAAUAGUUAUUAGUAUGAUAAGUAAUUGUCUUUUACAAAAGAUAUAGAAAAAAUUAAAAAGGACUAUUUAAAGUAAAGAGAGAAUCGUAAAGGUAUUUAAAAAAGAUUAAAAUAGAUCUUAAUCAAAGAUUAUCAAAAAAUUAUAAGAAAAGAAUAGAAAAUUUUGUGAUAAAUAUGUUAGAGAACCCAAUAGUUUGUAAUUAAUAUAAGCCACUUGAGGCAUAUUAAUUUAGGGAUGAAGAUCCAAGAAGAAAUUUAGGAGAUCCAAAAAUACAUUUUAAAGGAUUUAAGCAUGAAAAGGAUAGAAUUUAAGAGGCUUGAGGGGGAAAUAACAAUUUAGAUUUUUUGCCAAAUUUAAAAGCAGGAAAAUAUUGUUUUAGGGAGAGAUGUUUUUAGAUAUAGAGAUAAAACUGCUUUAGCAAGA